GACACUUACUCACUCGCUCAGAAUGCGCCUCACUGCUCUCUUUGCAGCGCUCAGCGCCGUCGCGUCCGUCGUCGCCGAGACCGAGCCAUGGCAGGAGAAGUACGGCGGCACGCCCGACCUGGCGUUCUCUGGCGUCGCGGGCUUCGGGCGGCUGCCGUGGGAGCGAUGCCUCGAGAAGCCGGGGUACGGCUUCGACAUCGCGGUCCUCGGCAUGCCGUUCGACACCUCCGUCUCCUACCGCCCCGGAGCGCGGUUCGGGCCGCACGCCAUCCGCAGCGGCUCGCGCCGCCACGGCCCCGCCCGCUCCUUCCUCAUCCCCUGGGGCACGAGUGUGACGCAGGACACCGGGCUGCAGGUCGUCGACUGCAACGACGUCCCGAUCUCGCCGUACGACAAUGCCCUUGCCAUCGACGAGAUGCAGGUCGCGUACGCGACGCUGCUUAACCGCCCCACCUCUGAGAACACGCACUAUACCCGUCACCUCGCCAAGGACGGCAAGGAGCACCCCCGUAUCCUUACGCUUGGCGGCGACCACACCAUUGUCCUCCCUAUUCUUGGGGCGCUGACGGACGUGUACGGCCCCAUCUCGGUGCUGCACUUUGACGCGCACCUCGACACUUGGAACGGCCACGAGCUCGGUGGCGCGCAUACCGAGCGGCACAAGGUGACGCACGGCACGUUCUUCUGGAAGGCGUACGAGCUCGGGUACAUCAACGACAAGACGUCGGCACACGCCGGUAUCCGCACGCGGUUGAACUCGAUGCGUGACCUGCUGCACGACGAGGCUGUGGGCUUCCAGGUAUUCACGACGGACGACAUCGAGGAGAUGGGCCCCGAGGGCUUGGCGAAGAAGCUCAAGAAGCGCCUUGGCAGCGGGCCCGUCUACCUCUCCUUCGACAUCGACACGAUCGACCCGUCCAUGGCGCCAGGGACCGGGACGCCCGAGUCGGGCGGCUGGACGACGCGCGAGGUGAAGCGCAUCGUGCGCAGCCUUGUGGGCCUCAACAUUGUCGGCGCGGACAUUGUCGAAGUCUCGCCGGCGUACGACACCAACGCCGAGCUCACGGCCAUGGCGGCUGCCGACCUUGCGCAGGAGUUCCUCGCGCUCAUGGCUGCCAAGGAGGUGCCGACGCCCGCGGUCAAGGGCGGCGUGUUGGACAAGACGCUGCGCGCAAAGGCCGAGGCCGACUCGGGGGGUGCGCGCGGGCAGUGGCUCGAGAGCCGGGAGGAGCUGUGAGCGGGCUAUAUGAGAGAGCGUGAGUCACAAAGUGCGGGCGGCGGUGAGUGCAUAGUAUAGGAGGCGAGGGGGACAAAGAUGUGGCAACAAUGGGAUAAUGUAUUGCUUGCU